AUGAGCCGGUUCGGUGGCCGCACGCGCGAGUACCCGGCCGUGUCCAUUGACCGCUUCGACCGCGACAACCUGCGCGCGCGCGCCUUCUUCCUGUCGCACUGCCACAAGGAUCACAUGAAGGGGUUGCGGGCCACCGCCCUGAAGAGGAGGCUGGAGGGCAGCUUGAAAGUUAAACUAUACUGCUCACCAGUAACUAAGGAAUUGUUGUUGACUAACUGGAAAUACAAGUUUUGGGAGAAUCAUAUUGUUGCAUUGGAAGUUGAAACUCCAACUCAGAUUUCUUUAGAAGAUGAAACCUCUGGUGAGAAAGAAGAUGUAGUGGUGACACUUCUGCCAGCUGGUCACUGUCCAGGUUCAGUCAUGUUUCUGUUUGAAGGUGAGAAUGGCACUGUGUUGUACACAGGGGAUUUCAGGCUUGCAAAAGGAGAAGCAGCCAGAAUGGAGCUUUUGCAUUCAGGGACCAGGGUAAAAGACAUUCAGAGUGUGUAUUUGGAUACUACUUUUUGUGACCCCAAAUUUUAUCACAUACCAAGCCGGGAGGAAUGUUUAAAUGGGAUCUUGGAGUUAGUGAGAAGCUGGACCUCACUGUCUCGUAAUCAUGUUGUGUGGCUGAACUGCAAAGCUGCUUAUGGAUAUGAGUAUUUAUUCAUAAACCUCAGUGAGGAACUCGGAAUCAAGGUGCACAUGAACAAACUUGAUAUGUUCAGGAACAUGCCAGAAAUCCUGUGCCAUGUUACCACGGACCAACACACGCAGAUUCACGCCUGUCGACAUCCUCGGGAUGAUGAGUGCUUCCGAGGGAACAGACUGCCCUGUGGGAUGGCUUGCCUCAAUGGAGCUCCCCUGCACAUAAUCAGCAUCAAACCCUCCACAAUGUGGUUUGGGGAAAGGAGAAAGAAAACCAGUGUAAUAGUGAGGACUGGGGAGAGAACAUACAGAGCUUGUUUCUCUUUCCACUCUUCCUACAGCGAGAUCAAGGAUUUCCUGAGCUAUAUCUGUCCUGUGAACGUGUAUCCCAGUGUACUGCCAGUGGGUGGGACAGAAGACAAAGUUAUGGAAAUAUUAAAGCCAUUAUGCAGGUCAUACAGGAGAAUCAUGGAACCCAGGUACAAGCCCUUAGGAACACUGAAGAGAGCCCUCAAGAGAGAAUUAUCUGACACAGAUGAAGAUGAUCUCUUUGAUUCAGAAUUAAUUUCUUCAAGACCUAAGAUUCCAAAACAGCAGAGAGAAGAGAGCAUGCCCUCCAGCACAGGACAGUCUGAAAAUUCCGAAGGAAACAUUAAUGAGAGCACAGAAACUUACAAAGGGACUGCAACUUUCACCUCCCUCAAGGUAGACUUUGUGGACUGUGAGGAAUCAAAUGAUGAUGAUGAUGAAGACAAUGAAGAAGAAUCUGAAAAAAACACAGUUCAAUUUCUUUCCCAUGAGCCAGAUGCCACUUCCACAGCCAAUUUCAGUGGAGUAACUAGUGACCAGCAGGAGUCUAAUGCCAAUGUCCCUUGCUGGGAUGAAUUUUUUAUGGGUAAUAAACUAGAAGAAGGCUCUGAAAAUGAGGACAACAUUCCAUCUUCAGCAGAUGCUGGUGGGUCCCAGUCACUCUUCAGUGAUUCAGAUGGAGUAAGUGACUCAACACACAUCUCCUCCCAAAAUUCUUCUCAGUCAACACACAUAUCAGAGCAGGGGAGCCAGGGCUGGGACAGCCAAAUGGACACAGUGCUCAUCACCUCCCAGGAGAGAAGUGCCCUGGACUUCAGCAAAGGUGGGAGCAGAGCAGUGUUUCCUGUGCUGCAGGAGAGUCCCAGGGACACUCAGUUGGACAGCAGCAGGGAGAAGUCACCAGGUCAGAACAGACCUUGUGCCCAUGAUGAUGCCUGUGGCUUGAAAAACAAAGGCUGUGAGAAAGCUGCAGAAGAUGGCACUUCCCAUGUUCUGGAUGUGCUAGUGGAAAUAAGUGACAGCUCCAGGACUCCUGAUCUGGAGCUGAGGAGGGACUCUCAGAGCUCCUCUGACUUUGAAAUUCCUUUGACUCCUGAUGCUGAAGCACCUCAGCCAGAUAAGCUGCAUCACUUAUAUAAGAAGCUCGCAGCAGGUGAAAAUAUAAUCAGUGAGAAAAAAGUCUCCUGA